AUGCGUGGAUUACUGUUACUUUGCUUCAUUGUCGCCGUUUCUUCGGCCAAGUUGGGUUAUAAUUACCAAGCUGCAGCCGGGGAUCGUCGUUUUGCCGGUCUCAUUGAUGCGGAGGCCACUGGAUUCAGUUCCACGCAGCACCAGCAGCAGCAGCAGCAGUUGCAGGUGCAGCAGGAGUCGCAACAACACAUUCCCGCUGCAGCGGAUGAGUUCAGCAAGGAGUUCUACACAUAUGCCGCUCCGGAGGAUGAGUUUGCCGAUCGGGAGGCCACCGAGCACAUUGCCAGAAUGCUGAAGAGGAACCUGCGAGUCCUGUUCAUCAAGUCGCCGGAACACCAGGGUCUCACCAACGCUGCCCUCCAGUUGGCCAAGCAGGCCAGUGAGCAGAGGACGGCCAUCUAUGUGCUCAGCAAGCAGGCGGAUGUGGGCCAGCUGGCCCAACGCCUGGCCACCGAGAACCAGGCCCAGAAUCACAAGCCCGAGGUGCACUUCGUCAAGUACCGCACUCCCGAGGACGCCGUGCGGGCCCAGCAGCUCAUCCAGCAGCAGUUCGACUCCCUGGGCGGCAGCUCCCGCAGCUCCGACGAGGGCGUGGCACCGGUCCUGGACUUCAGCUCGGCACCAGCUGCAAUCAAUGUCCAGGAUCAGAACGAGGCUCAAAAUCAGGUUCAGGCUGUCACGCCGCUCACUAAAUACUUGCCAGCGGCCUUGUUACGCAGCAAAUAG